AAGAGUAACAUCAUGAUGUUUGGUGGUAACCCUGAUAGUGUCACGUUGACGGGAUGCUCCGCGGGCGGCGCUAGUGUGCACUAUCAUUAUCUAUCACCUAUGUCUAGAGACACAUUCCACAGGGGUAUAGCGUUCAGUGGAGCCGCGUUCGCGUCAUGGACGCAUUCAGUGAAGCCUGCACAGAAGGCGCGGAGUCUCGCCGCGGUUGUUGGCUGCCCCACAACAAACACCAAAGAGAUGGCAGACUGUCUUCGUUAUAGGCCCGCUGAAGUCGUUGUCAACGGACAAGUUGAAAUGUUUGAAUGGAAGGUGAACCUGUUCACACCGUUCACGCCGACACACGAGGCUCCAAGCGCAAAGUACCCGUUCCUAACACAGUACCCAUACCACGUGGCUAGAGCUGGUGGUGUGCAGAAGUCGCCUCUCAUUACCUCUGUCACGUCUGAGGAGGGACUGUACCCAGCUGCAGCUUAUCAAACCGACCCUACGAUCCUGAAGGAGCUAGAGUCCCGCUGGGAGCAGCUGGCCAGCAACAUCUUUGAAUACAAUGACACAUUGCCGCUCCAUCUCCGCAGUGCUGUCGCUGAGAAGAUCAAGCAGCAUUACUUCGCAGGGAAGCCGGUCGGACAGGACACAUUCGACAAAUUAGUACAGGCUUUAGGUGACCGUCUGUUCGUAGCUGACGUGGGCAGACUGGCGCAGACACACGCCAGUUCUGGACAACCCACGUACCUGUACCGGUAUUCCUAUCGAGGAAACUUGAGCUUAUCCAAUCUCAUGGCACAAAAUGAUAAGAACUAUGGUGUAAGCCACGCUGACGAUGUGAUGUCAGUCUUCAACUUCAUAGGCAGCUCGGAUUCCCCUGCUGACGUGCAGAUGAGGGAGAUACUUCUCGAUAUGAUCUACAGUUAUGCAUCAACAGGUGUACCAACUAUUCCCAACGUACCGCAAUGGCAGACAGUAGUCCCUGGAUCUCAAGAACUUAACUAUUUAGAGAUCGCCUCUCCAACUGAUGUCACCAUGAAGACGAGUUCCGAUUUCGGAAACCGCUCCUUCUGGGACAACCUGGGAUUUGUUGAGAACCAAAACUACAACAUAUAUAUAAAAGAUGAGCUUUACUAGAAUUCAUCAGAGGAACUACAAUCAGAGGAGGCAGAUUCGGACAUCGGUCAACUUUAUUAGAAAUAUCCGGAAGA